AUGCCCUUCACAGUCACCAUCAUCGGAGGUGGCAUCGGCGGCCUAGCCCUGGCCAACGGUCUACUGAAUCGAGGCAUCCCCAUCCAGCUCUACGAGGCUGCCUCCGCAUUCACGGAAAUCGGACUGGGUCUGUCCCUCGGCCCGGCGGCUUACCGCGCCCUCCCACUACUUGACCCCGCGUUGCGGGCGAUCUACGAUAGUCUUGUGACGACCCACGCCGACAGUCCUGGGUAUGAAGAGUUUCGAACGACGUGGUUUGAGAUUGUUUGGGGAUGCGGAUUGGAUGAGGGGGGUGUAUUAAUGGAUUUGAAAGCGGAGCCGAGUGGACAGACGGCGUUGAAGAGGGCUGAUUUUGUUAAUGCGCUUGUUCGGCGGGUGCCGAGUGAGUGUGUCCAUUUUGGGAAGAGGUUAGUGGGGAUUGAAGAGGGGGAUGAGGUGAGGUUGCAGUUUGAUGAUGGUGAUGUUGUCAAUGCUGAUGUUGUGAUUGGGUGUGAUGGCAUUCAUUCCAGAGUUAAGGAGUUGGUCUGUCAGUCUGUGCUGCUGCCGAGGUAUAGUGGCAUGUAUGGAUAUCGGGCUGUGCUUGAUAUGGAGGAUGCUGUUGCUGCAGUGGGAGAUAGGCGAGCGAGACUGGCGACGAUGUAUGUUGGGAAGGGCGCAUAUGGCAUUUCCUAUCCGAUCAUGCAGGCCAAGAAGGUCAAUGUGGGGGUCUAUGUGCUCAGUGCUGAGUGGAACCACGACUCUUGGGUGCGGCCUGCAAAGAGGGAAGAUCUGCAGCGGGACACCGAGGGAAUGGGGCGAUAUGUCCAAGCGUUGGCGGAGCGCAUGCCCGAUCCCUCUCAAUGGGCGAUAUUCGAACACCCUCAUAUCUCAACCUAUGCGCGCUCUCGCGUGGCCAUUAUGGGCGAUGCCGCCCAUGCCUCGACACCGCAUCAGGGUGCCGGUGCCGGGCAAGCAAUUGAGGAUGCCCAUGUCCUUGUCGAGUUGUUGAAUGAUGAGCGAGUGAGAAGUGCCGAGGAUGCUGUCUUGGCUUUCCAAGCAUACGACCAUAUUCGGCGCCCACGAAGCCAGCGUGUUGUCACGAGCAGCAAAGAGAAUGCAGACCUUCUUUGCUUGUCCCUGGAAGGGGUCUCUGAUGACCCUGCACGAUUGAGAGAAACGCUCAAUGAGCGCUUUCACUGGCUCUGGGACUUGGACGUUCAGGAUCAGGCUGAGCGGGCGCGCACGAAGAUGAUUGAACUAAUGAACAGCCGGUCAUUUAGCAAUACGAGUCGCUGUCAACCCCGAGCAUCAAUUUGA